AUCACCUCAGAUAAGCAAACAUUAAAAAACGUUGCAGUCAUUUCUGAUGAAUUGGAACUAAGCAAACUUAACUUUGUAGCUGUCAGGCUGGCUUAAAUGGUAUCCAUUUACUUUGCGCACGUUUAUGCAAUGCAGGCAUAGUUCCUUGAAAAAAAGUUAGAUGCCUUGUGUUGCGGGACGGUUCCUGAGGGGCAUAGUUUGACCAGGUUUAGUCCAUGGACCGGCUAGUAGAUAUGCUUGCGGGGCUCCAGCCUCUGCCUCCUACUCGCUUCGUGAGUCAUGAGGGUCACAUUGAAACUGAGGACUGGCAGCGUCUCGUCGAAGUUCUUGGCACCAACAAGGAGGCUGUCGGCAUCCGGUUGCGAGGCUGUGGGCUUACUUGUUUCCAUGCAAGGCAACUUGCGGACGCUCUCGCCGGCAACACCAGCCUCGAAUGCCUUGAGUUGCCAGACAACGGCAUAGGCGAAGACGGCGUGAAGGCGCUGGUGAACAUCUUGCAGGCCAACAACAGCACCCUCAAAAGCGUCGACCUUUCAGAUAACCCAUGCUCCACGGAGGCACUACAGGUACUCCAGGAUUUGGACGCCCUGCUGAAGCGUAACCGCGUCAUAAAGAAGUUACCCAAGACGCCACAACUAUGGACGCCGCGAGAGUCGGGCGACGUGGGCAGCACGCCAGCACUCGGAGCCGCGCUUUUCUUCACGCCAGCGCAGGCGUUUCCAUCGCCAACGCAACAAGUCAACGCUGACAGCUUUUGCAACCUCACCCCGCCAGCAGGUCUCGCAAUGUAUGGCACCGCAUUCAAUGUGGAGCAGCGCCUGCAGCAUUUGGAGGAGGCGGAGGCGACUAUCCGGAGCGAGCUUGAGCACGCCCGCAGUUUCAGCUCGCAAUCCGAAAUGUGGCAAAGGAAGAUCGACAUGGCGGGGCAGCAGAUUGCGGCUAUCCUAUCCCUGGUGGACAGCCGCAACAUGACUCUGGAGACGCGGCUGCACACCAUGGAGCGGUGGCGGGCAGGCGCAGAGCAGGCGUGGGCUGACCAGUCCAAGGUGUUUGAGGGCAUGGCUGCGCAGCUGCUGGGUUUGCAGGUUCGGGUGCAGUCGCUUGAGCGGCACAUAGGUCGGCCGGACGCCAGCAAGGCGGCCAGCGAUGCCCCUGCUGCAGCGUCCGCUCCCCUCGGCAGCGCGACCAGCCCGGUAGGCGCAGAGGCUCUGCAGCAGGAGGUACAGGCGCUGGCUGAGCGGCUGCGAAAACUGGAAGGGAUCGUGGGCGACCGUAAUAGCGAAGUGGAGCAACACGGUCCAGCUGCAAAGCCAGAGGCCUCUCCAGAAACGAUGUGCACUCCCAAGCUGGCGCGGGGCACGGAACCGGGCUGCCGCAAGCCGGAGCCACCGGAACUCAGCUUCGGGCUACCCAAUCACCGCUCGCUCAGCUCUGAGCUGGGUUCGGACGGCGUCACACCGGUGCUGAAAGGCACGGCUCUGGAGGCCGGGGCUGGUCGUGACUGUGGCAGCAACAACAGUCCUGUUGCUGUCGGCGCUGAGCAGCGCCAUUCGGGUAAGGCGUCACCGCCGCCCCUACAGCCUCCACUGCGUGCUUCCGUCAGCCCUGUGCACGACAGGUGCAAGCGCUCGCCGCCAACGGUAUCAGACCAGCGCGAUCAGACAUUCGGGCGCCUCAGCAGCAACAGUGCCACGGAGCGUGACAGCCAUUCCCGGCGACGUGGGUCAAGCCCUGCACGUUCAUACGACGUUGAUGCGGGCCCAUCGGGCCAGGAUGAGCGUCCGCGCAUGGCGCCCCUGGCCGUCCCAGUGGCCGCAGCGCAGCCGCACUCUACGGGUUUCACGUUGCACCGCCAGCCAUGCCAGGAGGGUGCAAACGCAAAACACCAUUCAGGAUCCAAGCGCGCCGGGCCCGCAGCCGGCCCAAUGACAACCCCUGAAGCCCUGACCGGCAGCGCCUUUUCCUCGGGCGCCGCAGCUACGCCGUACGGUGUCGACAGCCCCCGUGGCAGCUGCAGCUCGCCCGGCACCCCUCCGGGUAGUACAUUCUCCGUAGACGCAGAGACUGUGUCCUUGUCGGUUGCGCUCGCCAACAGUGCAGCACGCCCGCGGGCACCGGGUGCUGCAACCACGACCCAUGGGUCACCCCCGACUGCUGCUCAGCGCACCCGCGAGCCAGGCGAGGGGGACGGUUGCUGGGGCUCUGACCCUCCUCGCGGGCGGCGCCAAACCCAGGAGGAGUCCAGCGAAUCAGAGUGCAGUACGCCAUGCAGGCAGCAGCGGGCGGAGGGAUGUGGCUUAGCGCAGCAGGCAACGUCCGGCCAGACAGAACGACACUCAGGCGCAGCCAUCCAUCCACUGCGGACAUCGGCGACCUCUGAUGCGGGGCAGACCCAGGCCUUUGCCGCUGCAGCGACAGCAACCCCUGAUCCCUUCUCGGCACCAUGCCUAUCCGUCCGGGAAUGGGUUGAUGCAGCACAUAAAUGCGCUACGCCGCCGGGCGUCAGUGCGCCUGCCCGGCCAUCGCUGGAUGCGUCAACGCCAACCUCCAAGUUGUCUGCGCCCUCCGGCCCCAUCUCAACUGGGGCUGCUGCAGGUGGACCCUCUCCGGCACAUGCGCAGGAGGCAAGCGGGGCCACCCGGCACGGCCGUCCCUCGCGGCCGUUUAAUAACAAUGCGCCGCAUUCGGCCACUAGCCUCACUGCCCUAGCUGCAAGCAUGGAGGGCACUGAGCGGAGGUCCUCGCAAUCUGCUAGCCGCGGCAAAGCCAGCCUUGUCCCGCCUCCGCAGCGGCCAACCGCAGCCGCCCCGUCAACGGCUUCCACUGCCAGCACUCGGCGUGUGGCGACGCGUGACAGCGAGCAAACCCAUGACCAGGGCCCCGGGAAUCUAACCAGGGCGGCUUCUCUCCGUGGUGGUGACGGUGCGGGAUCUGGGGCAGCAGGCACAAAGGCCACUGCGACUGCCCCGUCGGUCCGUUCUUCCAUUCCAUCCCUUAAACUAGGAGCUGCCAUUCCCCGUUCCAACGGCACUGUCCCGCCGGGCACCUGCGCAACGGCUCGGCCCGCUUCGACUUCCAGCGCUACACAUGACUGUCCGAUGCGGCUAUCCACGCAUCGCAUUCGCAAGUCUGACGACGUUGUCGAGCUCAACCCGGCCGCCCUGGCUGCCACCCUUGACGGUUCCUCGGCUUCGGAACCGCGUAAUGUCGUGCCCAAACUGCAGCUAGCAGGGUCCACGUCCAAGCAGCAGUCGACAGGCGCCGCACGGGCGCAGCGUGCGGCCUCUGCUCACGAGCCCCAGGACACUGCCCAGGUGCACGAUGCCGACAAGGACCAGAUGAGCAUGAGCGGCGAGGGAGAGCUCGCUGCGGCGGCUAACAGUGCGGAGGCUUUGACAACGGACUCUACUCCGUCGCAUCUUGGGAGCCGGAACUCCAAGACGACGGGUGCCGGAGCAGGAGUUGCUGCGGCACAGAAGCUGCAGGUGCAUGGCUCAGGCGGCUCCAUGACGGGCGCUUUGGUGGCCAAAGCUGCAUCGACCACGGCAAAGGGAGUUGCACGGUAUGCGGCUGGUGACGCCGCCAAGGCGUCUAAGCGGUGGAUGUGAUUAUUGUAGCUCCGGUAUGAUUGCCUUUUUCGUAGAUCUGUCAUUACGGUACCCAUGGACCUGGGAAGCCGAAGCAGGGCGGCGCGGCUGCCUUGGCAUAACUGGCCUGUUCAUUGUCGUAGGAGGUUUGGCUCUACAGUUGUGUGGCUACGGCACUCUGUAUGGGCAGCAAGUAGGUGGCGUGCAGACAGGAGCAAGCAGACAUGGUUUAUUGCGCGUUACAGGACUGUGCUUAGGUAGGCGUUGUGGCAAUGUUAGGUAGGCAUUGUAGUAGAGGAAGGGCGUCGAGUGGCUGUAUGGGGCGCCGCUGACAGCGGUGUAGUUCCAGCUUCGCAUUCUGGUGUCCUCGCUCCUGUCAUCAGUGGUACAGGCGUCCAGGUUUAGGUUUAGCCUUAUACACGCAGUCCUCCAGCGCCUUGCUUCGGGCAUACAUCCUGGUGAGACACCCUUGUACGGCCUGCAAAACGUGCCUUUGAGGUCGCUGUGAUGCUGUGGGUUACGUUGGGGUAUGCGUGGCAGUUGUUACGGAGCCUAUCGCUUGGGGUCCGGUCGUUUGUGCAGCCGGUCCACACUAACGCUGUUUCGUGGCGACUUGCCUACGUGCAUUCGGCAGCCGUUGUUGCCAUGUUGGUUUGUCACAGUGCUCGGGGGGGGGAGCGCAUGUGUUGCCUCCGACCUUCAAUGUAGCCUGGAUUGGUCCUGGCCAUUUCGCCAGACAGUGGCGUCCGGUUUCAUGUGAGUGCUAAUCUUGCAAUAACAUUAAGUUGUUCCACCGUCGACCAUUGUGCGGCCGUGGCGUCUCUCUUUAUUGAAGGAGGCUGGUUCCCGGAGCAGUUGCAUGGGACUCCUCUCCUGAAGCGUUGCUGUCGAUUGACCAGUCUCGUAGCACGGCGCGACCUGUAGUCAUACUGCUGCUCACUAGCUGACUGUAAAUACAUGGAUGACAUG